GCAGCAUAAACUCCUCCCCCGGUUGACCGAGCGGGAAGUUCAGAUAUUCCUCUUGUUUCUGUUUGGCUAGAAUGUAACUUAGCAUAAUAUCCCGGUGCUCAUUUAACAUUUAACACAAAAAUUUAAGGAAUUUAAACUGUGACUACAGGAGAGCUCUGCAGUCAUGUCCGGUAACGAGGAGAGCAGCGCUGCACCUAGGUGCUUCGGACAGACUGGACUGUGUUGUCAGUUAACGUACACAGCGGAGGAGCACCAGGCGGUGCAGAAAGCUCUGCAACAGAAGCUGGGACCGGAGUACAUCAGUACCAGAAUGGCUGGAGGAGGACAGAAGGUUUGCUAUAUUGAAGGGCAUCGUGUAAUCAGCCUGGCCAAUGAGAUGUUCGGAUACAACGGAUGGUCUCACUCCAUAACUCAGCAGAACGUUGACUUUGUAGACAUGAACAACGGGAAGUUUUAUGUUGGAGUCAGUGCGUUUAUCAAAGUACAGCUGAAGGACGGGUCGUUUCAUGAGGAUGUAGGGUAUGGAGUCAGUGAAGGACUGAGGUCUAAAGCUCUGUCACUUGAAAAGGCGAGAAAGGAAGCUGUCACGGAUGGCAUGAAGAGAGCACUGAAAUGCUUUGGUAAUGCUCUUGGGAACUGCAUUAUGAAUAAAGAAUACCUCCUAGCCAUUAACAAGAUCCCCAAACAGCCUCAUAUUGCUCUAGACCCGGCUCGGACUAAACGCUCUGAGGGUGAGCCCUCAGUGGAGAAGGCCCGGAUCUCCAGUCUGGUGCGGGAGGAAAAGCUUCUAUCUGCGGUGGGUCCCAGCAGGAUGCCACUGGAGCCCAGAGUCUUGAACCAGAACCAGCAGUAUUCAGAUGUUCAUACCCCUAAUGCUGCUGGUUCUGCUGACAGGAAGAGUGAGAACAUCGAUUCCAGACCCAUCAUGGACUCUGUGGAUGCUGACACGUCUGAAGUGCACACAGACCCCAAACAGCUGAGAAAGCUCCGACAGCAGCAGCUUCAACAGAAGUUCAGGAAAGAGAUGGAGGCCAAGAAGCUGCAGCAGAAACCUGAUCAAGUCAAGUCAGAGGACACAGAGGUUGUUGUUGCAAGAGGAUCCAGUGGAGGCCACGAAGGUGCAACAGUGUUCAGUGAUCGUACCUCAGCUGGAGACUGGAAGCCCAGCAGCAAGGACGAGCAUUUAGCAGAUGAUCCUGAGCUCUGGGAUUUCACUCUGGGCACUGAGGCGCUGGACGUCCCUGGAGACGACACAUCCUCCGGAGCGUUCAGGCCAAGCACGCCUGGGAAUCACCAAAUGCAGACGCGCAGUAAGACCCCUCAGCGAGCCCCAGGCAGGCCUCCAGACCAGGCCCCUUCAUACAGCGGAGUGCAGAACUGGGCUCAGCACAGACCUCCACAUCAGAACCAGUAUCAGGCGAGACCAGGUGAAGCCUCCAGUCCGUGCAGACAAGGACAGUACAUGAAGAAACGCAGACUGGACACAUGAGUUUUUUUCGCUUUUCCACACUUUCUUUACAUUUUCUUUUUGCUUUUAUAUGUUUUAUUUAAAUGUUUACGGUUAAGUUGAUUUUGCAACAAAUUGCUGCUAUUUAUAAUUGGAGAAAUGCCUGGAUUUGUAAAAAAAAAUAAAGAACAUAACCACAGA